GCUGAGACUGUUGAUAUUAUACAGAGAGGGUUAUUGCUCUUCAAUUCAAAGACGAUGAAAGCCAUGUUUGCAACCAAAAUUUCCAUGCUUCAGCACGUUUGCGUCGUUCCUCUGGCACGUGCCACCCGUCACCGUUCCUUCACCAUCUCCGCUUCCGCCUCCACCACCGGCACGCCGUCGCGCAAUCUCACCGUCUCCUCCCCUACCUCAUCCUCUCGUGCCCCUCACGUGGACCCUCGCGUCCUCCUCGGCAUGUCCGAACAUGACCUUCAACAACUCGCCGUCGAGUUCGGCCAGCAAAGUUACAGAGGAAAGCAACUACACCAUUUAAUUUACAAGAGAAAAGCAAAAGAAAUUCAGGAUUUCAGUCACUUGCCUCAAGCAUUUAGAAAUGAUCUUAUAGAAGCUGGAUGGAAAAUAGGAAGGUCUCCAAUUUACCACACCGUUACUGCUGCUGAUGGCACUGUUAAGUUAUUGUUAAAGUUGGAGGAUAACAGAUUGAUCGAAACAGUUGGCAUUCCAGUUGAAGAUGAAAAGGGUUCGAUGCGUCUUACUGCAUGCGUAUCAUCACAGGUAGGCUGCCCCUUGCGUUGUUCAUUUUGUGCCACUGGAAAGGGAGGGUAUUCUAGGAAUCUUCAAAGGCAUGAAAUUAUUGAGCAGGUAUUGGCUAUCGAGGAUAUUUUCAAGCACAGAGUGACAAAUGUAGUGUUCAUGGGAAUGGGGGAGCCCAUGUUGAAUUUGAAGUCAGUACUUGACGCUCAUCGAUGCUUGAAUAAGGAUGUUCAAAUAGGGCAAAGAAUGAUUACAAUUUCCACUGUGGGAGUUCCAAACACCAUAAAAAAACUAGCUUCUCACAAGCUUCAAUCAACAUUGGCCGUCAGCUUACAUGCUCCGAACCAGAAACUCAGGGAAAUGAUUGUGCCCAGUGCAAAAUCUUACCCCCUUGAUGCAAUCAUGAAGGACUGCCGGGAUUACUUUGCCGAAACCAGUCGGCGAGUCUCCUUUGAAUAUGCACUGCUAGCUGGGGUGAAUGAUUCAGCAGAACAAGCACGAGAACUAGCUGAGCUACUGCAUGAAUGGGGACGUGGUUAUCAUGUCAAUCUGAUACCUUUCAAUCCGAUAGAGGGCUCUGAGUAUCGACGGCCGAACAAAAAAACAGUGUCAGCAUUUGCAGGUGCACUGGAGUCUCGUAAAAUAACUGUUAGUAUUCGUCAAACAAGGGGUCUGGAUGCAAGCGCUGCCUGCGGUCAGCUAAGAAAUAACUUCCAGAAAAGUCCUCUGCUUAUUGAAUCUGACCGCGAGGAAUCGCAAUCAGAUGUUGCGGUUGCAUGUUGAAUGUUGAUGCCAUGAUUUGGGGCUGGUGCAUUUUUGCAUUUUUGCCGUCAACAGUUUGGGAUCUUAAAAUCGGCGUUAAAGGUUCAUGAGUAAAUUCACAGUCCAAUCUUGGCACGGAUGAUUCGUGAUUCAGGUUUUAAUACCCUUCACCAAACCAUGCGCAACCCUAGUUCUAUGUGUACACAAUUAAGUCUUCAACGCGGGCAAAAGUUUAUUCAAGUCGACUGGAGGGUCCUCCACCAUCUCUUUAUUUGUGUAAUAAUCACACUCAAAAUAAUGAAUAGUUUUAAAUUUUCUAAA